AUGGCUACAGAAAAGAUUGUCCCGACCGAUCGGGAGCUUCACAAUAUUGAGCUGAACAAUCCUGAUGUUAUCGAGCUUACUCGUCAGGCUGAGGAGAGUGAUGCCGCCGAUCGGUUGUUGACGGUUCGCCAAGCUUUGGUUAAGUACAAGAAAGCAGUUUUCUGGGCCACUUUCUUGUCCACAAGUUUGAUCAUGGAGGGCUACGACUUGGUCAUUAUUACGUCGUUUUAUGGCCAGUCACAAUUCAAAAAUCGCUUCGGAGAAGUAGAUCCUGUCACUGGUGCCAAAACAAUCUCUGCUUCCUGGCAAUCCGGUCUCUCCAACUCAGCAGUCGUUGGCCAACUUGCCGGAUUAAUCGCCAAUGCAUACACCCAAGAUCGGUUUGGCUGUCGCCCAACUCUGAUGUUCUUCAUGUGCUGGAUGAUGGUCAUGAUCUUCAUCCCUGUCUUCGCACCAUCGUUGUCAGUUUUGGCAUUUGGGGAGGCAAUGUGUGGUGUUUCAUGGGGUGUGUUCCAGACUCUUUCCACGACCUACGCAUGCGAAGUUGUUCCCACCGUCCUUCGACCGUAUGUCACCGCUUAUGUGUCCAUGUGCUGGGGAGCUGGUAUUCUCCUUUCCUCCGGUGUCGUCCGGGCUGUCGCAAGUCUAGAGGGUGAUCUUGGCUGGAGACUUCCUUUUGCACUGCAAUGGGUCUGGCCAGUUCCUCUUUUCAUCGGUGCAUACUUCGCACCUGAGUCUCCCUGGAACGCAGUCAGACGGGGCAAACUUGAUGUCGCAAGAAAAAGUUUGUUGCGGCUUCAUCAAGAUACACCAGAGAAGGAACGCGAGGUCGAUGCUGCACUUGCUUAUAUUAGACACACCACAGAAUUGGAGAAGGCGGAAACUGCCAACGCGAGCUUUCUGGAAUGUUUCAAGGGGCAAAAUUUGCGAAGGACUGAAAUCAAUUGUGUUGUGUGGGCAGCUCAAAUCCUUUGUGGAAAUGCUCUCCUCGGAUACUCUGUUAUCUUCCUCGAAGCUGCCGGUUUCUCUGAACUUCUGGCGUUCGAUGUCAACAUCUCGCUUUCCGCGUGUUAUAUCGUCGGCGGUAUUAUUUGCUGGCUCAUCUUCCCUCACCUCGGUCGUGCAACCAUCUAUAUGGGCGGCAUGGCUUUCAUGUUCAUCUGCCUUAUGGUGAUUGGCGGUCUUGGCUGGGUCGACUCAAAGUCUGCUCAAAUGGCCAUCGGAGCGUUACUGGUGGUUUCCACCCUAUGCAACAUGAUCACAGUGGGACCGGGUUGUUACCCCAUAGUUGCCGAAACACCUUCUGGCAGACUGAGGUAUAAGACAAUUGUGAUUGGUAGAUUCGUCUACAAUGUUACGGGCCUUGUUCACAAUAUAAUCACGCCUCGCAUGAUUUCUGCGACCGCUUGGAAUUGGGGCGCUAAGGCUGGAAUCUUCUAUGCUGGAACAAACCUUCUUUGCAACAUUUGGUGCUGGUUCCGUCUCCCAGAGACAAAAGAUCGCACGUUUGGCGAGAUAGACUUGCUCUUUGAAAAUCGGGUUCCAGCAAGAAAGUUCAAGUCAACCAAAGUCGAACAAUUCGCUCAUCCAUCGGACAUCAAGGUUAAGUCUGAAUUGGCAGGUGGUCAGGCUGAACAUGUAGAAAGCCUUGCCUGA